AUGGCUUUAAGGGGACGGCUCCCUCUGCUCUUAGGCCCUCCGGGGUCAGUUGAGAGUCUCUUCCAUGACUUUCAAAAGGACGAUCGCUUUACUCUGAAUCCCAAUAUCGUCAAAGAUAUAUGGAUUAAAUCUGGAGGGCUCCAGUCCUCAAAUGACAGCCAGAAUGUCACCUUUGUUCAUUGGCAGCGGAAUACCAUCCAUGAGCUGUACGAAUGGUUUGGCCUUCACCCCCCAUACAAAAAUAUGCUACAAACGCUUCAGGAUCCUGACGCCCACGACGCUGCUGCUCUUCUCUACUAUAACUUCCUUGGCUAUUCUGGCCCCGUUUAUAUUUACUCCAAAGAAGACACUGCUGACUUCUUGACGGCAGAGGGUGUCCUCAACACGCCAGAUACACUUCAAUCUGAAUAUCAGAUGUCGUCAGCAUUUGUGAACGGUCUUUUUGCAAACAAAGCUCCCUGUCAAAUUUCCUACACCUCAUCUACACGCUUUGCCUGGACAAGGAAUUCUUGCAGGAUGUAUGCAGCAGGUCUACCGAGACGGCACAUGUUCCUGUUUGUGGGCAUCAAGGAUGGUGGGCAUACUGCCCAGGGGUUUAUGAAUCCGAGUUGUCAAGGAUACUCUCCAGUUGGCUCGGCUCGUCUGACUCUUGAUGGAGUCCACCCCAAUAUCAUUCUCACCCAAGGGACACCGACAGAGCGUACCAUUAUCCUGGAGGUGGCGGAAUAUUCAGACGCAACGUCCGUCCAGUCACAAAUCUUGAGGGCAGUCAAAUAUAAGGACCUCCUGAGUGCGGAUGAAGCCUGGCUUGUUCACUUUACACGUGAAGAUGAUUACGAGCCAAUAUGGCAGUCGUCCGACGAAUUUGCUGGAGGCAUGAAUGUCGUCCAUUUCCAACAUGAUGCAUAUUUCUCCAAUGUCGUAAUGAGUGCCAGAUGGCGAGAUUCGAAGGGUCAAGAUUGUCAGAUUAUGAAAGAGAUUAUCGAAUUGAAGUGACAGAUUUAUAUCAGAGCAUCAUUUCCCUGACUCGCAGGGGUUGCCAGAAGCUAGCAUUGUAGGGUAAUAUGUUUUAGCGUUAAGGAUG